ACCAAGUACACAAGUUAGCUCUGAUGGACACUACCACCAUGAAGAGAUCCACAGCUACCAUCCUCCUGCUGAUGCUUUCGCUCGUGUCCCUCGCUUCUGCCGGCGACGUGGACAACACCAUCCGCCUCCCGAGCGACGGCAAAGGAAUUCCUGAUGAAGCGAGCAUGGCGCUGACCGGGGCGAGGGAGAAGCUGGGCGGCGAGGAGAGGCCGUGGGAAUGCUGCGACCGGACCAUCUGCACCAGGUCGAUGCCGCCGCUCUGCCUCUGCCUGGACCAGGUCGAGCGAUGCGCCGCCGCGUGCAAGCGCUGCGAGCCGGCCGACUCUGACCGGUCCCUCUACGUGUGCCGCGACCAGUACUUCGGCGACCCCGGGCCCAGCUGCACCGACGGCGACGCCGUUGCCGCCGCCGGCGGUAACUAGCACGCGCGCGUUGAUGCAUGAUGAUCACCCGGCCAGCCGGUCAAACUGCGUUGUGGUCGUCGUCGUCGUUCGUUCGCUAGGUCAAACUGCUUGCUGCAGCAUGGAUGUUAGUGUAAGAAUAAUAUAUCGGUGGCCCUACUAUGCCACGUCUUUGGUGACGACCUCGACACUCAAUACAAGAUCCUAAGAAUACGCACGUACUACCACGUGUUGAUCUGAUCUGAUCUUUGAUUGUACAACGUUCGAGAUGAUCAGUCAGACGGAGUGCUAGGUGCUGCUCCAUGCUGCUGUAAUGCAAGUUGUAUGGUAGUUCGGCAACGACGAUGGAUAUGAAUAAUAACAAGAGCUGUGGUGAUCAGGGAGUGAGUGCAAUAUAUAAAUGCUAAUUUUGUUGCU